AUGUUGUACUACGGGACAAGCAUCAUACUUUCCCUGUUAUGCAUGCUAACAGCCACAGGCGGUGGAUUUGCCCUCCCAGCGAACUUGGGCUAUUUCAGUUUCUUCACUCGCCUAAUCGCGGACAGUGGCCGUGCCAAUAAAUCCUUGGCGGUUUUCAGUCUCACAUACACACUGGCCCCCCAUGCAACAUAUCCCACACAGAUUCGCCAGGCCGUGGAAGCGUUGCGGUAUGUGGUUGAGCAGACCAAAUUUUCACCAGGCCACAUUCUCUUGGGUGGUGAUUCGGCAGGAGGGAACCUGGUCGGCGGCGUCUUGUCCCACUUGGCUCAUCCCCACCCUGCUAUUGCCCCGGUGAACCUCUCCGAGCACCUCCGCGGCGCGGUCAUGAUCGCUCCGUGGACAUCAAUGGAGACGGACUUUUCGGGACAAGAGAUCGAUUCUCGAGGGGAUUUGAUCACGCCUGCAGUAGCAGGACCAUGGGCCAGCGCCUACCUGGGUACCGCCAAGCGUGAUUACUACACCGACUUAUCUACUGCGCCAGCAGACUGGUACUCCACGUUUCCGGUGCAGAAGAUUUUAGUUUGUGCCGGAGGAAGCGAGAUUCUUUUCCCAAUCAUCCAGGAUUUCGUGAAGAAACUAAAGGUAAGCUUUUUUUUAGCCUGCGAUAACAGCGGGACGUCUUUAUCUAACCUGAGCAGGAGGGCUUCCCGGGUGUGGAGUUGUGUGUUGGCCAGCGGGAGGGCCAUGUCGCCCCGAUCUACAAUUUGUAUAUCGGGGACCAGACUGAGACGGAGCAGGGGAAGAGAGUCAAGAGCUGGUUGA